GCGAUAACUUUCAAUUAAAAGUUAGAAUAGUUGAUGUACUUAUUCCACACUUUGUGGGCCCUAGUAUCACCGCAGUUUUGAAAACGUCAAGGUUGUUUUCCUUGGGAUGAUAACACUUCGCAUCCUCUAAUCUACAAAUUUGUCUUCACCGGUGUGCUGAGAAUGCAUAGUAUGAGGUCUUUCAUGUCUUCAGCUGCAAUACACCUGGAAGUAAGUGUGGUCUGCUCAACAAAUAUCGGAGCAAAAAAAUAACAAAUGGUAGACACGUGUCCAUUCACUGUUCCACAAAAUGUUAUUGACCCUGGACCUGAGUAUUAUGGGAAAUCUGUCACUUCAUGCUCACACUACCAAGCAAGACAUCAGUCAUCAGACGUUGCGGAAGUCCAGACGUCAUUUAGCGGGACAAAUCAGUCUAACCUGCAAAGUAACACAGAAGGCAUGCCAAGAAAUCAUGUCCCCACGUAUACACAUUCGAAUCUAAUUCGUACAACUGAUUCCAUACCUUAUGUACGAUCGUGUCCAAAUAUGGGUGAUUAUCAUAUAUUUGAUAGUGUCAACAACAAUAAUAAUUCAGUAAGACUAUUUAAUAGUCAAUUCCUGACUUCUUGCCCACCAGCUAUUCAUGAAGUGCAAUCAGAUGCAUCUCAGGAUGAAAAUGUUUCACGUCGAUGUUGCUUUUGUACUUGUGCUCCACUUCUACCCAAAGCUUAUUGUACGAAUACAUGCUGCUCUAAACCUAACUGUCUAAUUUCAAGUGAUUCCUUAUGUUCAGUUGACACACUUUUCUGUUUAUUUCUUCCUGGAUCUUGCAAAUGUCGCCUAUUCUCUUUUCCACGCCACCGAAUUACUAAUGAAAACCUUAUAAUUCUGAGCAUAAUCCAGUUGUUGUGUGGUUUUGCAGCUAUUGUUCUUUCAAGUGUUGCUCUCACUAAGGCUGUCUUCUUAUACCAAAUGGCUACAGGAUUAUGGGCUGGAAUACUGAUGGUAGUUACUGGACUUCACGGUCUUUUUGCUGCUCGUCGUCCGGUUGUAUGUGCCUUGAUAGGCCUGCUUGUGCUUUGUAUGAUAGUGAGUUUAGCUGCGUGUGUUUUAAUUUGUGUUUCUGUGGCUGGGACAAUUGAAGAUGGAUUUCUUGGAAGUACUGCUUCCCGCAAAGCAUUUCCACGUGAAAUUAUAAGAAUUUCGUCAGGUUUCCGUGAAAACGCAACAUCUUCCCAAAAGUAUGAGCAGAGGCCUUCUAUGGUAACCUUAACACCCAGAAGUCCAGGAUGGUCUGAAUUUGAUCAAGUACAGCUUUGGGACUUUAAGAAUGUUCUACGUGAAACACCUGACUCUUACUUACGUACAUGCCAGAUCAUCUUACACCUCCUUCUACUGUUAGUUGGUAUUCUUGAAGCAUCAGUUAGUCUUGCAACGUCUAUUCUUUGCUGUCGGUGUGUCUGUUCGAAUUCCACUAACUUCCGAUUUCAAAACUCCCGUUCGUUACGUACGAAUAUAGUAUCAUUCAAUGCCGCUACAGCCAAUCAAGCAGCUUCUGUGUUACGAUCAGGUGCAGUAAAUGACUUCGUUGGCAGUGGAAAUGUAAUAUUAGCCCUUAAUACGGAUGUACCAGUGCAAAAUAAUGCAAGCAGUAACAUUACGGAGGCAAUCCUUCAGCCACAGAUUCAUCAUACUUUAAUUCCUUUUCUUUCCGAUCUAAAUCGUCAUUCAUUGAUUCUUACACAAGCAGGGACUGGUACUAUAGCCUUGUCUGCAGCACGUGCGGCGGCCAAUCUUGUAGAUACUAGAAGAUUCGAGACCCAACAUGGGACAUCUUUUCCUUGUUCUUCUAAUAAUGAACAAUCCUCAGUUCAACGACCUCACACUCUUGGUAGAAAUAUGUUUAAUCGUCUCAGAGGAUGUCGUCUCAAUCGUUCUAAUGAAUCUCGUCCUCGCCUUUUGUAUACAACUCUUCAUAUACCUGCAAAUUUAUCUAAUGACUCUGAUUCCUUUCCCAAUCCGCCUCCUUUUUCACCUAGUACUACUAUUGUGUAUGUGAUGCCGUCACCUACGCACGAAGAACCUCCAAUGAUAUUCCCACCAUUCCCUCCUAGUUAUAGUGAAUCACAGAAGAAGUCCCCUCUGACUACAUCUAUCAACCGCAUCCAACGAAAUCAGUCUGUACCACUCCAACCCCACCCGCCUCGUCGGCUUAGAAGACGUUUAGUUAGGUACGGAAUAUCUCGUGCUCGCCUCCGGUCGCGUUUAUCACGGCUCUUUUGUCGGCAAAACUCACGUCAGUGUAAUUCCCUGUGGACUGCUAAUAAUUCCCGACGUUCCAGAGUAACGUGCCACUUAUCUAGAUCUGUUGCUUCUGCUCCGAUUUCUGUUGGUGAUAGAUUAAUACAACCCGUUCUUAUAAUUGGAGACCCAGGUACAGCCAGACAUUCAGAAGACCCACCACCAAAAUAUUCCAGAUAAAUCUCUUAUUAUCUAACAUUAUUUUGUAGAUUAUUAUAAAUACUGUGCAAAUUUAAUCCAUUCCUACUCAGCCUGUCUCACUCCCUUAAGUCAGCAUUUCAUAAUCUGUAAAAGCUUGUGAUCAAACAUUUGCCACAACUAGUCUAUUUUGUUUUGCCUUGGUGUUCCAGCGUUUGUUACUACCUUCAGUUCAACAAAGAAAAAGUUUUUAUUUAAAUAAGAUUAUUACUUGUGAAUAUUUUAGUUAUUUUUUAAAUUGUUUGAUUGGUUUAUAUCUUUAUUGUUUAUCAGAAAAGUGGGCACUACUUGUAAUUAUAUUGUUGAAAUAACACCUUUCAGU